GGCGGCGGCUGCAGCAGUAGUAGCUUGUGUGUACAAACAUGAGAAGUUCGGUUGUCAGUUUUCACUGAAAUUGAAACUGAGUCAUUUUCCGUCUUUUCUCGAUAAAAUGGGCUCUCAGUCAAGAAACCCGAACUACCCGAAAGAUGCCCAGGUCAUCAUGUCCAUGUUGAAGGACAUGGGCGUCCAAGAUUAUGAACAGCGCGUCUUAAAUCAGCUUCUAGAAUUUACUUACCGCUAUGUAACGUGUAUUCUAGACGAUUCGAGGAUAUAUGCGACCCACGCCAAGAAAAAACAAAUUGAUUUGGACGAUGUGAAACUCGCCGUGAAUAUGCAGUUAGAUCGAUCAUUCACAACACCCCCUCCUCGGGAAAUAUUACUCGAGGUUGCCCGUUUGAAAAACAGUCAACCCCUGCCAGUAGUCAAGCCCAGCUGUGGCAUUAGAUUACCCCCUGAUCGUUACUGCUUGUCGUCUGUGAACUAUAAGCUGCGUAAUGUCAAAAAGACUCAGGUCUCUGUGCCACCAGGCUCCAUUGGGCGUCUGGGUACUGCCACAAGUUUCAUUCAGGGUGGUCUGGGAGGAGCCAACACCUUGAAGCUACAGGCCAACAAGGGGCCAGGUGCCACCCUGGCUGGAGUCAAACGUGGAAACCUAUUGACAACUGUUGCUCGCACUCAGUCUAUCACCACUCCAAAGCCAGUCAUAAAGUUUUCUCAGGGGGCUAUCACACCAAAGCCUAAACCUAAGAUCCACAUUGCCCAGUCUACAGGAGUAACAACAGUCCAGUUUCCAAAAGCAGAGCCAGGGGAAAUUGUGGGAUCAGUCACAAGUAUUAUGACUACAGGGAUCAAGAGGCAGAGAGAAGAUGACGACAUUGUAUCUUAAAAUCAUUUAAUCAGAAUAUUGUAAAUAAAAGAAGGCUUUAUUAGAAAAA